GUCAGGGGCGUGUCGGCACGGCACUGAUUGAGCCGAGAUGUCGCCCCGUGGAGAGAAGUGACCCUCUUGCGCCAGGGCGGCACAUACAAUUUAGAAAACAUUGUGAUCCCAGUAACAUAAUUAUAUAUUCUGUCCUGCAAAUUGCUUUUGGUUGCAUAACAUAAUAGACAUCUUUUUAUAUCAAAAAGCAAUUUCGUUUCAAUAUAGAUGACCAUGCAGCCUGCAAUUCAAGUGUGGUUUGGAGAAGACCUACCUCUAAGUCCGCGGAGUCCUCUAACCCCCAGACAUGGGCCAGGUUUGGCUGAUGUUUGUCAGUACGAUGAGUGGAUAGCAGUGAGGCAUGAAGCCACCCUGUUGCCCAUGCAAGAAGAUCUGUCAAUAUGGUUAUCAGGUUUAUUAGGUAUUGAAGUUAAGGCAGAAAAAUUAUUGGAAGAACUUGAUAAUGGAGUACUGUUAUGCCAGCUGAUUAAUGUUCUUCAAAAUAUGGUGAAAACAUGCAACUCGGAAGAACCAGGGAAUUUUCCAAUGAGAAAAGUGCCCUGUAAGAAAGAUGCUGCCUCAGGUUCAUUCUUUGCUAGAGACAAUACUGCGAACUUCCUUCACUGGUGUAGACGCGUUGGGGUUGAUGAGACUUAUCUCUUUGAAUCUGAAGGUUUAGUUUUACAUAAAGAUCCAAGACAGGUGUAUCUUUGUCUUCUUGAAAUUGGUCGAAUUGUGUCAAGAUAUGGGGUUGAACCACCAGUAUUAGUAAAACUUGAGAAAGAAAUUGAGCUAGAAGAGACCUUACUCAAUGCUUCUGGGCCUGAAGAGUCUAUCAGCAUUCCGAAAUCAUGCUGUGAGCAUGAAGAGCUGCACGAAGCUGUUAAACAUAUUGCUGAAGACCCUCCUUGUAGUUGUUCUCAUCGAUUUUCUAUUGAGUACUUAUCUGAAGGACGGUACCGACUAGGAGAUAAAAUACUCUUUAUAAGGAUGCUUCAUGGAAAACAUGUCAUGGUCCGUGUUGGUGGAGGCUGGGAUACUCUUCAAGGAUUUUUGCUUAAAUAUGACCCCUGUCGAAUAUUACAGUUUGCUACACUAGAACAAAAAAUUCUAGCAUUUCAAAAAGGAGUUUCUAAUGAAAAUGUACCUAAUUCGUCUGCCAGAACACCUCAGCCUCCUGAAAUGAAUCCUUUGUCAGCAGUUAGCAUGAUACAGAAACAAAAAUCAAAACCUGGCACACCAGUUGGUAUUCCAAGGAGCAAAGAAAAGCAGGUAUGUCUACCAGGUGUGUUGCUGCCAGCAUCUUCCCUAAAAGGAGGUAAUCUGGGCUCCGCAUCAGUCUGUUCUAAAUUGCCAAAUUCUCCAGCAGCGUCUUCUCACCUCAAACUCAAAUCUUCAAAAGGCGUAACAAAGAAACCACAGACUCCUUCAAACAAUGCAUCAUCUUCUUUAAAUCCAGUAGAUAAAGGCACUUCUUCACCAGCUUUAUCAAGAACUGCACCUUGUGUAUCUGAGUCAUUGAGAAAAUGUAUCUCAUCACCAAAUACUCCUAAGGCCAAGUUUAUUCCAGCCCAGAAGUCAAGAGAUGUCCCUGAGUCUAGACUUUUGCCAAAUAAAUGUUCUGAAAAAACUGAACCAAAGCAUUUGAAACACAAUCAUAUGUCUUCCAGAGAUAAUGCAGUAUCUCACCCAGCUACACAUUUAAACUCAUCAUCAAAGAAGCUACCUAAAGCAAAUAUACAUGUAAGGCCUAAACCUUCACCUUCUUUCCAGUCCCCUGCAAAAAUGACAAAAUCCAGUUCUAAAACCAUAACCACAGGUCUAGGAACACAGUCUCAGCCAUCUGAUGGAACCCCGCAAGCAGGGGCAAUGCCAGCACAGAAACUUAAGUCAGCCUUAAAUUUCAACCAGCCACUUUCUGUGUCCUCAGUUGCUCCUUCAAAAGCAGCACAGGCAUCGAAAGAUAAAAAUAUGGUUUCAGUUGCCAAAAAACAGCCUCAGAAUAAAAGUAUAUUCCAGAAGACAGGACCCAGCCCCUCAAAGUCCCCUGGCCGUACCCCACUGUCUAUUGUAAGUCUUCCCCAGUCUUCUCCCAAAACACAGACUGUACCAAAGUCAGCACAGACUGCCACUAAGAGCCAGCAUUCAGCUAAAGGGCCUCCGAAAAGUGGCAAAGCCCCAGCUUCAACCAGGAAACCACCCUCAUCUGGUAAGGAAGCAGUUAGUGGAGAUAAAAAACCUACUGCAAAGAAAAAGGAAGAUGAUGACCAUUAUUUUGUUAUGACUGGAAGUAAGAAACCUAGAAAAUAAAUACAGAUGUGUCAUUUUAAGAAAACAGAGGGAAGGAAGAGAAUGAAUGUGUUAGCUUCACAUCUUCAAAGUUUCUUCUCUUCGUGUUUGUCCAAAUAGAUUCAGACAUUAAGUACAAUAAGAUGGGGGUAGAGGUUGGGGA